GCCUUUGUCAUCGCCUCGGGAGCCGGGAUACAGCCUGAAAGGAGUGCCAAGAUGACUGAGGGCAGAUUGUGUCAAGUUCAGCUGCUGGACGACAGGAAGCUGGAGCUGCUGGUUCAGCCGAAGCUUCUGUCGUAUGAGCUCCUCGACUUGGUGUCCUCCCACUUCAACCUGAAAGAGAAGGAAUUCUUUGGGCUUGCUUUUUUUGACGACAACAGUCAGUGUAAGUGGUUGCAGAUGGACCGCAGGGUUCUUGAACACGACUUUUCGAAGAAGGCUGGAGCCGUUUCUCUGAACUUCCUGGUCAGGUUUUAUCUAGAAAACAUCACACAGCUAAAGGACACCAUAACAGUGGAGUUAUUCUUCCUAAAUGCAAAAUCAGCUGUCUACAAUGGGAUGAUUGAAGUGGAAACUGAGAACAUCUUCAGACUAGCUGCAAAUGCCCUGCAGGAGGCAAAAGGAGACUAUACGAGUGAUGAAAACACUCGAGCUGAUUUGAAGAAACUCCCAACUCUUCCCACCAAAGUGCUGAAGGAGCACCCGUCUCUUGCAUAUUGUGAGGAUCGAGUAAUCGAGUAUUAUAAGCAGCUGAAAGGUGUCUCCAGAGGACAGGCCAUUGUGCAGUACCUGACGCUGGUGGAAUCAUUGCCAACAUAUGGCGUUCAUUAUUUUGAGGUUAAGGAUAAACAGGGGAUCCCCUGGUGGCUCGGAGUCAGCUAUAAGGGCAUCGGCCAGUACGAUCUGCAGGACAAGUUAAAACCUCGGAAGCUCUACCAGUGGAAGCAGCUGGAAAACUUGUACUUUCGAGAGAAGAAGUUUGCUGUUGAAGUUAAUGAUCCACACAGGAGAGCAGUAACCAAACGCACCUUUGGGCAGACAGCUCUACUCAUUCACACGUGGUAUGCCAGCCACUCUUUGAUCAAGACUAUUUGGGUCAUGGCCAUCAGCCAGCACCAGUUCUACUUGGACAGAAAGCAAAGCAAAGCAAAAUUAGGACCAGCUAAAAGUUUGGAAGAAAUUGCCAUGGAGCUCACAGAGCAUGGAGGAGCAAAGCUGAACAGACUGGGAGAUGAUGGUCAGAAGAAUAACCUUAUAACAGCCAGCAACGGGAGCCUGGUGUCUACAGGUUCUGCCGACUAUGAAAUGAGUGAGGAACAGAAGAAAGAAAAACUCUCUGAACUGAGGAAAAAAGAACAGGACAUCCAAGAUAUUCUGGCCAAAAAAACAAAAGAACUGAAGAAGAUUUGCCUCAGAGAAGCGGAACUAACUGGCAAGCUGCCAAAAGAGUAUCCCCUGUCUACAGGUGAAAGACCGCCGCAGGUCAGACGGCGAGUUGGUACCGCCUUCAAGCUAGAUGAGCUUUUCCCUUACAACGAGGAUCCCUUCCUGAGGAACCUGGAGAGCAGAUUUGCCCUUCAGCAGAAGAUCGUUGAGGCAGCUAAAAAGCUCGCAAAUGAGCCAGAACUGUGCAAAACAGUGAAGAAGAAGAGGAGGAGGAACUGUUUGGAUGCUAUGCACAAACUCCAGCAGAUAGAGAAUGAAAUGAACCAGUACAGAAUCAAAAAGGGGAAAAAGCCCACACAACGUGCCUCUGUGAUCAUUGCAGAUGAACUAAUCCAGUCAGACUGUGGCUCUCUGUCUAGUCUCCCAUUAGAUGAUGAAGACUCGGACAGUGCAGGUCAAAGACCACGGUCACGCUCAGUCCAGGGUUCACCUCAGCUCAGUCCGAUGCGAUCUCUGGGAGCAGAAUAUGAUGUGGAGAGACAAGGAGCCCCCAAUCAUCACAAAAACAACAGAAAAGCUUUUGAUGGCAUGGAGGCAGCCCAUACCUGCCAGAAUCCAAGAGAGGUCUCCUCCACCCACAGUAGUCCCUGUAAAACCCUUCCUAGACCUCCUAGAGAUCCUCGCAGCAUACCUCCUACCCCAGUUAUGACCCGCAAUGCCUACAGCAGCAGCCAGCUCAGGUCAGAGGGGUCUCCUCAUUGCUUCAGGCAUCGCAGUGGAAGUCUGGAGUCUCAGCCACAUUUAAGAAAGGACACAGACUGUGAGAAGCCUGUUUUCAUCUUGUCGCCAUCUCAUCGCAGUAACAGCACGGAGGUGUUAGAAGAUUGCUCGUCCUACACCAGCCAGUCCAGUCUGGACUGCUGCGGGGCAGCUCACUCCCACUACAGCACAUUGGACUCCCGAGCCUCAACCAUGCACCGUCUUCACAGGAAACUGGAAGUGUUUGGUAACACUGGAAGCAUGCCCAACUUGGUUCAGCACCACUCUAGUUGUAGCUAUUCAUGCGAGACCUCAUCCCACUAUGCACCUAGUGCCUACUAUGUUGCCGGUUACCCAUGCCCCGACAUGGAGCCUUACACUAACGGUGCCUACGUAUAUGAGAGUGACGUUGAAGGCCACUACAACGUCAACCCGUCCUACCAAAUGAACAGCUAUCAUGGACACGACAGAUUUAGGCAUUACAGCAGCAAUGGAGCUGAUAGUCUUUCUCAGAACCCUUACGCGACAGUGAGACCACCACGGACCAGAGAGGGGCCCAGAAAUGAGCUCUUAGCCAAAAACAUGCAUAAGGCCUUGGUAGCAGAGCAUCUGAGAGGCUGGUACCACCGGAACAAAAGCCCCAGAGAGGGAGGGAGGGGUCUGAUGGCUGGAUGUGACUUCGACAAUGGAUCUCAGCUCAGUCUGGGCUACCAAACAAUGCCAGCAGCCCUCAGCCACUCGAGCAGAACCACAUCUUUCUCCUCAGCAGGUUUUUCCUUGGCGGGAGCUACAUGAGCAUCCACUGAAGAGGACCAAAUCCAAGUUGGGCACAAACAGGUCAUGGCCAGCAGCACAUGGAGCUGAAACGGACUUUCUACAGCCUCUAUAAAACAGCCUUUGGAGAUAUUGUGUCCUUUCAAUUUUUACAAAGAGGCUCACGCUGUCCUCAUAUCCAAGUGAACGUUGAACACAGUGAUGACACUCAUGAAUGACUUUCCCAUGUGCCUUGGAUUGGAUGAUUUGUACAGGCAGAUGAGAAUGUGUCGAGAUGUUGCACAGCUACACUGGAGUUUAAAUCCUAAUGUGUAUUAAAGACAAAGAAACAGCAACAUGACUUUGAAACAAGAACUACUGCCCUAUAAAAACAGUAGAAACGUAGAAUAAUCAAAAAGCCAUCAUUUUCAUUUCAUGUUCAGAAUCCAGAUCAAAAAUAAAACUCAAAUAUGUCCCGAAUGUGACUUUAUGAGAGCCUACUCAAUCAUUAGAGCAGCGUUUGAUUAUGAUGAAUUCAGAUUUCCCCCUUUUUGACAUGUUGGAUUAAAAUGUGAGUCUGUAUUGUUUAUAGCGUCAUCUGUCUUGUUGGUGCAGUAAGUGUUUGAAAAUGCAUGGUGAGAUAAAAAAAAAAGACAUGUUUUGAUUCAGAAAAAAAAAGACACUGCCAUGAAAAGCAUAUCAUUCUGUUUGUUUUCUCACCGUUUUGUACAGUCCGUGUGUAGUUAACAUGUUAGAUGUUGUCAUUAAAGGUUUUUCAUUUGAUAUGAUGAGGAGAAUAAAUACAUG